CUUCCUUCUUCCUUUCCUCUGCUACCGGCGAGAAUGAAGACCAUUCUCAGCAGCCAGACUGUCGACCUCCCCGACAAUGUCGAAGUGAGGUUAAAGGGGCGAACAGUGACUGUAAAAGGGCCCCGGGGUACGCUCACCAGGGAGUUCAACCACAUCAACCUGGAGCUCAGCCUGCUGGGCAAGAAACAGAAGAAGCUUCGUGUAGAUAAAUGGUGGGGAAACAGGAAGGAGCUGGCUACAGUGCGCACUAUCUGCAGCCACGUCCAGAACAUGAUCAAAGGCGUUACUCUGGGUUUCAGGUAUAAAAUGCGAUCUGUGUACGCCCAUUUCCCCAUCAAUGUGGUCAUCCAGGAGACUGGGGCUCUGGUGGAAAUCAGGAACUUUUUGGGAGAGAAGUACAUUCGUCGCGUCAGAAUGAGGCCUGGUGUGAUGUGUUCAGUCUCAUCAGCCCAGAAAGACGAGCUGGUCCUGGAGGGGAACGACAUCGAGCUGGUGUCAAACUCAGCCGCUCUGAUCCAACAGGCCACCACAGUCAAAAACAAGGACAUCAGGAAGUUCUUGGACGGCAUUUACGUUUCUGAGAAGGGAACAGUGUUGGAAGCCGACCAGUAAAAGUUACGUCUGAGUGACAUUGAUCCAUCAGGCCACCACAGUCAGAAAGAAGGACAUCAGAAAGUUCUUGGAUGGGAUUUACAUCGGCAAGAAAACCACUGUGGUGGAGACAGAUGUUGACUAAAAUCUCACCUGUUAAUAACCAACAAAGAAUAAAGUCUUUUUCCAACUUAUAA